UGGCUGGGUGAAGACUCGCCACGGUGCCAGGCUCUCUUUUGCUGCAGCUGAACCAAUGUUACCCUUCUGGAUAGCUGGGGUGGCAGCUGGACUCGCCUCCCUGCACCUCCUGCAGAAGCUCUUCUUCCCUUACUUUUGGGCUGACCUGAAGUUCUUGCUGAAAGUGCUGAAGUAUGGGCUGACUGUGGAGACUUACAGACUGCAGGGCAGAAUUUGUUCUGUGCUGGACAAGUUUGUGAAGCUGGCUAAAAAGCAGCCCAGUAAACCAUUCCUGUUAUAUGAAGGGAAGGUUUACACCUAUGGGUUUGUAGACAAGAGGAGCAACAGGAUAGCCCAACUUUUCCUCAAAGAAGGGACACUGAAAAGAGGAGACACAGUAGCCCUGCUGAUGAGCAAUGAGCCAGAUUUCAUCCACCUGUGGUUUGGUCUGACCAAGCUGGGCUGUGUUGUGGCUUUCCUCAAUUUCAACAUCCGCUCCAAGUCCCUCCUGCACUGCCUCAGCAGCUGUGCCUCCAAGAUGCUGGUAGUGGGAGCAGAUAUGCUUGGGACCUUAGAAGAAAUUCUUCCUAGCCUCCAAGAUGAUAUUAAAAUAUGGUUGAUGACAAAAGAAACCACUUUGCCGCAUGUUGACACCAUUUUAGACAAGCUGGAUGAUGUCUCUGAUGAUCCUGUACCAGAUAAUCUCCGUAUUGCUAAGAGUCUAAAAGAUCCUCUCCUCUACAUAUUUACUUCAGGAACAACAGGUUUGCCAAAGGCAGCAGUCAUCAGUCACAUGCAGGUCCUAAAAGGUGCUGCUGGAUUAUGGGCAUUUGGUGCAACUCCAGAUGACAUCAUUUAUAUAACUCUUCCUCUUUACCACAGUGCAGCUUCUCUCCUUGGCAUUGGUGGAUGUAUUGAAUUGGGUGCAACAUGUGUUCUAAGAAAGAAAUUUUCAGCCAGUCAAUUCUGGAGUGAUUGCAAAAAAUAUAAUGUUACUGUUAUUCAGUACAUUGGGGAACUGUGUCGUUACCUCUGCAAACAACCUGUGAAAGAAGAAGAAAAACAUCACAAAGUUUCCCUUGCAGUUGGAAAUGGAAUAAGGCCUGAUGUCUGGAAAGAGUUUUUACUCCGAUUUGGCAACAUUAAAAUAUGUGAAUUGUAUGGUGCAACUGAAGGAACAAUUUGUUUCAUGAAUCACACAGGCAAAGUGGGAUCCGUGGGCCGAACCAAUUUAUUUUAUCAGCUUUUUUUCCCUUUUGACUUGAUUAAAUAUGACUUUCAAAAAGAGGAGCCAAUAAGAAAUAAACAUGGAUGGUGUGAAAGAGUUAAGAAUGGUGAAGCUGGCCUUCUAAUAUCCAAAGUGAAUUCAAAGAAUCCAUUCUUUGGCUAUGCUGGCAAUAAGAGAGAUACCGCAAAGAAAUUACUCUGCAAUGUGUUUAAGAGGGAAGAUUGCUAUUUCAAUACAGGAGAUCUGAUGAUCCAAGAUCAAAACAACUUCCUUUACUUUUGGGACAGGACAGGAGAUACAUUCAGAUGGAAAGGGGAGAAUGUUGCCACUACAGAAGUUUCUGAUGUAAUUGGUAUGUUGGAUUUUAUACAGGAAGCCAAUGUUUAUGGGAUUCCUGUGCUGGGUUAUGAAGGGAAAGCAGGCAUGGCCUCUGUCAUCUUAAAGCCUAAUAAAUCCUUAGAUUUGGAAAAACUAUAUCAACAUGUGGUGACAUAUCUACCCAGUUAUGCCUGCCCUCUGUUUUUAAGACACCAGGAAAUAAUGGAAGUUACAGGAACUUUCAAGCAACAAAAAUUUAAGCUGGUAGGGGAAGGAUUUAAUCCAUCUACAAUCAGUGAUCCACUUUAUUUUUUGGACAAUUCUAAAAAAUCUUAUGUUCUAUUAACUAAACAACUCCAUGAUAAGAUCCUAUCUGGGCAGGUAAAACUUUAAUGUUUAUUUAUUAUCAGCAGUUCAUUAUCAGCAGCUAAUUACAUGACAAGAGAUAACAAAAUUUUAACCAAUCUUUUUUUAGAUAUACCAAGGUGAUCACCUGGGUAAGAGUAUUCACUAAUGAAAUUUUAUAGUUCAUAUUUUGAAUGAUUAUUUACUAUUAUCUAUUAUGUGCUUUGACCAUCACCACAUACUAAUUGUUUUCUACCUCUUAGAGUGUAUAGUAUAGCUGGAUGUUCUUGUAAACAUUGCUUCAGUAUCCCUCAUGAUUUUCAUAUGAAUGCCAUCAUACUUAACAAUAUAUUGUUAUGAGAGGCAUAAGUGGUAUUUAAAGAAAAGGAUAACAAAGCUACAAUGCUGUCAUCUUACACAUGUUAUUUAAUAUAGUCCUUAUACUGGAUGAAACAGUAACCAUUUGAAACAGAUGGUAGUUGCUUAUAAUACUACACAAUAAAAAUAUUGUUUUGAAAAAAUAAAUACUUCAAUUGUUGAAAAGUGGGUAGAGAAAUAAAUCAAUAAUAAGGCAUCUCUGACUCAGAGUACUAAUUUGCAAUUUUUGCUUCUGAUGUGCAGAACAAAUUAUUUACUUUACUGAAGCAGAGGUUCCUCUUAUGUUCUGUACUUUUUUAUGAUUUUUAAUCUUAAUGACUUCUGCACUAUAUAUAUAUGUAUUUUAGCCACAAGCCUUUUUUAAAAUUAGUUUUCAGCACUAGGCUUUUCCAUCUACAUUCUCAAAAAUGAAUAAAUGAAUACUCUGAACGUGAGUGUGUAACAACAAUCACUAACUCAAGAUGUCUUCAUGUAAAGUAUUUUUCUUAACAGUACAGGG